AUGACAAGUGAUCCACAAGCUGGUAUCCAGGCUCUUCCCAACGAAAUCCUGUGUCAAAUCUUCCUAUUUGUCGUUUCCCGCGCCCCAGGUGAAUAUUCUGCCAGCGAAUUCGAGCUCAGCUAUGUCUGCUCUCGGUGGAGGGCGGUAGCCUUAUCGUUAUAUCAACUGUGGUCGUCGAUAUGUAUACUGGCGCAUGAGGAUCCAGAGUCUGAAGGAGUUAGGCAUCUCACAGAGCUCUCUUUGGAGAGGUCUGUGAAUAGCCCAUUGGAUUUAUUUCUCAACUUACGAGAAGAUUCGAGUGUUAUGCAUAUGCUGUAUGCUCAAGCUCACCGUUGGCGCCACGUUCAUAUCAUAACAACGGUGUAUCAUGACCUUGAAGAUCGCGGAGUCAAAGAGUUCACUUUACUGGAGUCGCUCAGCCUUUCGAUGGAUGAUAGUCCCCCAUAUCCAGUAUCUUCAAAUAGUCGUAUGUGGUCUAAUGCCCCUCGCUUGCACACGUUAUCUCUUGACAUGACGGUAUUUGAACUGGAACAGUUCGCGGUGCCCUGGCAUCAACUCCGCCACUUAACAUUGGAGUACUCAGACUUGGACCAAAUGCAUAAAGCGUUAUGCUUAUGCACCAGCGUCGUCACUGCAGGAUUUGACUCGUGUACCAACGACUUUUCUUUCCGCGACCCUGUCGCCUACACCUGUCUAUUUCUCUCCUCACUCACAAUUCUCGCCAGCCACCGUCUUGAAACGCUCGGUCCUGAUAUCACGCGGUGCAUCUAUCCAUCUCUUUCCAUACUUACCCUUAUCAGUGGCUCUCAAGAGUUCUCAUUCUCCCAUGUUAUCGUACCAGAUCUCACCUCAUUGGUCAUACGUUCCGAAUGUCGCCUCACCUCACUUACUUUACACGGAAUAUCAUAUAGCUCCAAACAUCUCAUGGCGCUCAUUCAGGCAACGUCAUCUUCUCUUAUCAAACUAGAUCUCUGUGAUGUUGACCAUCGUGCGUGGAAUUUCCUUCAGUUGGACAAAUGGCUAAUCCAAGCGCUGAUGUGGUUGCCUUCCCCGGGAGUGGCUGAAACGGCUCCGAUUGCAUCAUAUUUUCAGACGCCUGGACACCUACUGCCUCACUUGAAAGAAUUUGGAAUAAGGUUUCCAAGCUCGAGGAGAGAUUUCUCAAUUGAUCGAGAAAAAAUUGGCCUGGUGCUUGGGAUGAUUGAGUCGCGAUGUUCAAGCUCAGCACUAGGCGCUCGAACAGAUAGUAGAACCAGGCGUGUUCUUCCAGGAAAAAGGGAUACUAGUGUGGGUGAGGUAUUAGAACGAUUGCAUCUAGGAAGGCUAUGGUCAACCCGCGUUCCCUCGGGGUUCGAGGAACGCCUUCGCGCGCUUGAGGAUAACGGGUUGAAGAUCACGGCGCUUUAG